CCGUUUAGCAGCGAUACGUCUGUACCUAAUCUUUCUUUACAUAUUUGUUUAGAAAAUGUUAAACAGUUGUUGAAUCAAAUCGACCUGAUAAUGGCGCAGCGAGGCCCAUACAAGAAGUAUCUUUUGGACGUGGAGACCGAGAUGCCUGCAACUACCAAAAGGCGCAGGUUGCAGGCAAAAGAUGCCCAAACAAUACAUGGCGACAUAUGUUCUGAAAUGGAAUCUCAGGAACCAGCCAAUUCAGAAAAUUUUGAGGUACUUCCAGAAACUGAACAUGAGCAAUACACAGAUUCAGCAGAGAUUGAAGAUGUGAAUGAAUAUCCAGAAGCUGAACCAGAGGAAAGCAAUAAUUAUUUUGACCAUGAGAGGACUAACAGUUCAGAUGAGGAAUCUGAGGAAGUGGAUGACCCACAAAAUGCUGAGUGGAGCAGUGAUGUAAAUUCUCAGACUGCACCUAAGGAUCCCUUGCACUUGGAUGAUGGAGAUGAACCUAUAUAUCCAGGAAGUGAUGUCACAAAGGCAGAGACUAUUUUAAUGAUUCUCACAUUUGUCCUGCGUCAUAAAAUAAGUGGAGAGGGUAUGAAAGAUUUCCUGUCACUACUGCACAUCUUGUUUCCUAGUAUUCUGCCAGCCACAAAAUACCUAUUUGAUAAGUACUUUCUAUCCAUUACAAAUCAAUUUGAAAUUCACUUUUAUUGUGAGUCGUGCAAAGGAUACAUUUGUAAGGAAGUAACAGUACUCACCAAAUGUCCUCAUUGUGAUCUUCCUUUUGACAUUGCCUCUAACCUUAAAAGCGGAUCAUUCAUGAUCUAUUUGCCAUUGUCUUCCUCAUUGAAAGAUGUCCUUGAAAGUCUGAAAAAGAACUCCCAACAGCUAAUAAACAAAGCUGAAUGGGAAUGGGAUGACACAAUACGUGACAUUUUUGAUGGUGACGUCAUGAGAGAGCACAUUCAGAACAAAACAACUGGCCCGUGGGAUUUGACUUUACUGUGGAAUUGUGAUGGAAUUCCUGUAUUUGAAUCAUCUCAGUGUUCCCUCUGGCCAAUACAAGUAACUAUCAAUGAGCUGCCACCAGCUAUGAGAAAAGAACAUAUCCUGCUGUCAUCACUAUGGUUUGGCAAGUCAAAGCCAGUCAUUGAUACCUUUUUAAAGCCAUUUGUUGAAGAGAUGGAAGUUUUAAAAGAGACUGGACUACAGUGGAUUGAUGGUGAUGAGAUUCGCACUAGUAGAAUCUUUGCAGUUGUAAGCGCUUGUGAUGCUGUUGCAAGACCAAUGCUAAAAGACAGCACACAGUUUAAUGGCAAGUAUGGAUGUGACUGGUGUCUUCACCCCGGUGAGCGUGUAGAAUAGGGAAAUGGCUUUGUGAACACCUACCCUUAUGAUGAUUCCCCUGUAGAAAAAAGGCAACCCCAACAAUGGGAAGAGGAUGCAGUCAAGGCCUCACAAGAAGGCUCUCCUGUGAGGGGAGUAAAAGGAAUAUCCCCACUUCUGUUUCUGCCAUUUUUUAACAUCAUAACUGGUUUCG